AUUAAUUUCUUUCCCAUGUUUAUAGUCUUCUCUACAUGCACUUUUUAAAAUCGAUUUAGAUGUAAAAGAGACAAUGAAAUUGGAAUGUGAUGUCAUAUCAAAAAACCAAAGUUCCAAAUUGUGCAUGUUGAUGAAGAAUUAAUGUCAAAUAACUGAGACAGUGAAUACAUCCCACAAAAAUGGCUGAAAUUAUGGUAGAUGAAGAAACUGAGCACAUUGCAAUUGUAGAAUAUUUGUGUGAAGUCUGUGGGUUGAAGAAUGACAGAUCAGCAAGAAUGGCAUCCAUGACAGUUUUAUCUGAUCUUCUUCGAUCGGUUCACGUUUCACCAACAACUAGACAAAUCUGUUUACAGGCUGGGAUAUUGACAAAUUUAGAAGACAUUUUGGAUUUGGCUACUGCCGUUUCACCUCUUGAUGGCAUGAAUAUAUUACUCUUGAUGUUAGCUCUACAAAUUCUGUGGUUGCUGUCAAUGGCUCAUGUCUGUCAACAAGAACCAAUGACAAAUUCACAAUUUAUCAGUAAAAUCAUGGCUUUGAUUCGACUCACAAACAGCCCUCUUUUGAAAUUUACCUCUGCUAGUACAACUUGCUUGAAGAAAUUAUGUGAAGGGAAACAUCUCGUUGGACAAAUCGGAGAAGACUUCAGAUCCGUUGAUUUUAGCGUAAUUCCCAGCAAUUCGAAAGAUCCAGUGGAACAAGCAAGUAUUGCUGCUUGUAGUCCGACUGCUUGGGAGUGUCGUCUGUUUGAUACAAGCGGAUCUCAAGAUGUUAAUGUUACAGAACACUUUCUCCGGAAUGGCCAUGGAUUGGCCACACAAAGUACCAACAGCUUCCCAGAAGAAUCCUGGAAAGAUAUUUUAGUUACACAUGUUGUGGCAGGUCCAUAUUUCUGGUGCCAGAUAGGCGAAAAAGUCAUCCUUACUGCCAAAAAGAUAGAACUUUUAUUAGCGUCUGAAGAAUUAGAACAAUGCAUGGCAACGGUUGGAGAAUAUCUGGUUGUUAAGCAUGAUGAUACGUUCAUCAGAUGUAAAGUUUUGAAUAACUAUGGUAGCUAUGUGGUUGUUUUGGCUAUAGAUUAUGGGAUGGUUGUUAUGGUAACUGAGGACAUGAUAUUUAAGAUGCCACUGUGUACUGGGGUUCUGUAUUAUAAAGCUCAAGCCCAACUUUGCUGUUUGUCAGGAGUCUCUCCGCCCCUACUGGACCACAACAUUCAACAAAUGGCCAUAAGUAUAUUAUGUAAUCUAUCGAGACAUAAAGUCAUGGUGGGUAAAUUAUUGAAGAAUUUGGGUAUUUUUGAUAUACUUAAAGUGACUUUGUUUUGUCCAGUCCCAUGUUUGAUUAUCCAGUCUUUGGAUUUAAUCAACAAUCUGAUAAACAACCCUAGAAUAGGGUACAAGAUUUCAACUGUACAAACUUUGAAAUGGUUGUUAGAGGUGUGUGACAGUAUAUCUAAUAUAGAUAUCAGUAGAGAUGAUGAAGAGAAGAUAGCCUAUAAUUCUUUAAUUUGUGUAUGUUCUAUAAUUUAUCAGCACAGAGCAAGACGGAAUGACCUAUAUCAACUUCAAGGGUUGGAGAAAACAUUGAAAAUAAUGUGUAGAUUUCCCAAUCCGUCAUUUGUCUAUAAACGAGGGGUGCGUCUAUUGAAGAAUUAUAUGAUAACUUUAGACAGAUCAGUUUACGAUAAAAAGGAGACAGAUAAAAAAGAUGGAGGGGAAAAACCGAAUUCAAAGUCAAGUGUCAAAUUAAAGGACAAUGAUUCUCAUAUUUUCAAGCCUGUUGAUUUCAAGGAUGAGGAACAUUCUAGUGAUGAAGAAUAUUAUCAACCAACUGAAUCACACAGAUUUAAAAUAUCAGAUGAUGAGGAUGAUGAAAAUGAUGAUAUACAAACUGUUAACGCAGGACAGAAACCAAAUCCAUUAGAUAGAGAACAGUUUUAUAUACUCAAUUCUAACACGGGAUUGGAGAAUACUACAACUGUUGAACUAUUAACGAGUUGCUCACUCUCGUCUGUAUCUCCAGAUUUCCUUGCAGAAAUUACUUGCGGCAUGUUUAAUACAGGGAAAGGUGGAACUAUCUGUUUUGGGAUAGAAAGUGACGGUGUAGUAUUUGGUUUAUAUUUAGCACGGGAAGAAAGAGAUAAUUUUCGUGUUGGAGUUGAUAAAAUGAUGAACGAGAGAUUAAAACCGGCCAUCUUACAUUAUCAAUUCUCAGUGACAUACGUACCGGUUGUUAAGGAAAACCCCCAAACUGAAUCUUUAACACCUUUAGAAGAUGUUUAUGUUGUAGAGAUAUAUUUAGAAAGUAAACCAGAUAUUUUCUACAGCUGUAAUAAAGGACAAUGCUUUUAUAGAUUUGGUGAUAAAACAAAUCGUCUUAAUACACAGGAAGUUCGACAGCUGGUUGUUUUAGAAGAAGAAGCCUUGUUUAAAAAGGAGAUCCAUGCAUUACAGAGUAAACUCAGUUCAAUAAAACAUCAUUUAUAUUGUGAAGAUAACAAUUCAUAGGUCAUGAUGUCUGCUAGUAUUUGAGAGAGUGAGGUCAUAGGCCAGGAAGUUUGCUAGUAUUUAAUAACUGCUAGUAUUUGAGAGAGAGAGUGAGGUCAAAGGUCAGGAAGUAUUUAAUAACUGCUAGUAUUUGAGGAAGUUAGAGUGAGGUAACAAAUCAUUAAAUCUGCUAAUGUUUGAGGGAGUGAGGUCAUAGGCCAGGAUGUAUGCUAGUAUUUAAUAACAUAAUUUCACAAAUUAAAAAAUAUGUGUACUAAUAAGAAAAGAUAAUUUUGGAGUUAGUCACGAUUGACAGAGACGCCUAGCAGUGCAGCAUGGAUUGUCUGCUCGAGGAAGUAAUUAAGUUGUUGGCUUUUAUGAUUGUUUUGUAUUCCUGAAUCCUAUCUACUAUGGAUUUUUGUUAGAAUUAUCUGCUGGAGACCUCCAGAGAUUGUAUUUCUUUGUGGAUAAUUUACAAUUUUUAGCGUUUGGAAUACUAAAAUUUCAUCCAGCAACAUUAGAAUGAAAGCGAUUUUCAUAUGAUAAUAGAGAAAUCUGAAUAUAUAUUUUUAGGCAGCUGAUAUCAAAUAUUUUAAAAAGUGUUUUACGUUUUAAGACAACAAUACUCCAAAAGAUAUUGUUUCCUUCUGUAUUGAUACAUUUCAAAGAGAUACAUUUUAUACUGUUAAUGUGCCAAAUCCCGGGCGAGUGCCUUUCUUAGAGUUCGAGAGAGAUGCGGGCAAGAGACAGCCGGGCUGAUCAAUAUUAUAAUAUUACAUGAGGUAUUGUUAUUAUUAUUAUAACCUUUGUCAUGUAUGCAACGAAUUUUUUUGUUAUUGGUCCAUAUUCUCAGAUGAUAUCUGAUAUAUUUUUUGUUUUUAUAUAGAAGCUUUAUUUGUUACUCUUGUUUUUGUAUUGGGAUAUUUUCGGUUAAGGCAACUGAACUAAAGUAACCUUUAGUGUUGAAAUGUUAUAUAUCUAUUGUUGAUGUUGUAUAUUAUAUGCAUGUUUAUCUAUCAAAAUAUCAAAACCAUUGUUUAUGUAUCAAAACCAUUGUUUAUGUAUCAAAACCGUAUCAAAACCAUUGUUUAUGUAUCAAAACCAUUGUUUAUGUAUCAAAACCAUUGUUUAUGUAUCAAAACCAUUGACAGGAGUCAAAUACACAAUAAGUGUAAGAAUGAUCCACUUUCAGACAUCAAAUAAAAGAGACAGAUAUAUGAUAUGCAAGUCAUUUUAAAUCUUUAUUUACCCAGGUUGUUUAAAUAGAACUCUAGUAGUUUUAACCUGUGGUGCUUGGGCUAGUUACGGCCCUGCUUCAGUCUCCCUAAGACGGUAGUAGUAGUUACGAUCUAAGUCUGAAGAAGCAAAAUUCGUAUGGACUUUUGUGUCAACCGUGCAAAAUCUCCAUUUCCGAACCCCCUUCGUACUGAGGCCGAAGACAUCAUCGAUUCUUUAUUUUGGCUUUUUCCGUUUCAAUUUUAGGAUUCUUUCGUUUCAUUAGUUAUUUUAUUAUUUUCCCUACGCUUAUUGAAAAUUACUCGUAUGUUUAUCCCCAAACCUUACUUUUUUCCCCUUUCUAUCCAACCGCGACAUGUACAGAUUCGUCCACGGUGCUGCUUCUAGCAACGCUUGGCAUGUCUAAAGAUUUUCUUUGUCGACAAAAACUGACUACACCAAAAGCAACGCCAUAUUUUUACCUCACGCAUAUGCUUUAGAAUGGGUUUCAUGCGAAAAGCUUGUGAAGUUAUUAAACUCAUGUGUCGUGGUACAAUUUUGGUAAAAAGUAUGACCAGUCACAAUUAGUGACCGUACAUUUAAAACCAAUAAUGAAUUUCUUUUAUCUUUACAUAAUGACAUUAAAAACAAGUAAGAUUUAUGGAAAGAACGAUCCCGUUCAAAUAAAAAAUGGGCUGUGCAUUUCUUUUUUUGAAGAGUAUAUUUUAUUUAUUAUACAGUUAAUUUUAAACACGUAUCAUAUUCAAUUUUAAUC